CAUUUCUCUUGUUUCCUAGCUUCCUCAUACACUUACCAGUUACCACUCUUUUUCGUAUUAUAAGCUCAAAUAAAUUUUGGAAAAUUUCAGCAAUGUCAACGGAGCAACCGGCACAAUUAUUUGAAAUUUUUAUGGACCCAUGUUUGCAAAAACCAGAUCAUUUUCCUCAAGUUGAAUUUCUUACUUCCAAGACAGAUUUUGCACCUGACAGGAAAAAAAGAGAUCACUCCCGUGCCUUGUGUUUAGCUGCACUUAACGGUGACUGGAAAACUGCUAAGCAGUUCAUCGAUAAAGAUCGUGGCAUGCUUUAUGCUAGAUUGACAAAAGCAUGGGAUACGGUGAUUCACAUAGCGGUUCAUUUCAAAAUGCAUAUCUUUUGUAAAAGAACUGGUGGAAUAUGGGACUGGGGAAGAUCUAGCUAUAGAAAACAUAAAUAAAGACACAGGCCUUAGUAUUGCUGCUGUAUCUGGAAUGGUCGAACUUGCAAAGUUGAUGAUAGAAAAGAAUAAUAAACUGACAAUGAAACGUGGUACUAGGCAUUUGAUACACUUUGGCGUGGCAGCUGAAGUUGGACAUAAGGAAAUGGCAGAAUAUCUCUACUCGAAGACUGAAUUUGACAGUCUAGAUCAUUGUGAACGAAUUAGGCUGUUUUUUCUUACCCUUUCCAGCAAUUUGUAUGUUUUAGCAUUGGAUAUGCUGCGUAAAUAUCCUACAAUGGCUUGUGAACGAGAUGAUGAUAAUAAUGGGAAAACAGCUUUGCAUGUGUUGGCUCAAAAGGCUACACACAUUGACAACGGCAGUCCCCUAAAGAUCGUGGCAAGAUACACCAGCUUGUACUUCAAAGGUUUCUAUAAGCAAACAUCAACGCCAAUAUUGGCUCGGGAUUUACUUGAAAGAAUUUGGGAGCAAGUUCUGCAGCAAUCAGAUGAGGAAAUUUCAGACCUAAUCAGCAGGCCUUCAGGAGUACUUUUUGAUGCUGCAAUGUCUGGAAAUGUUUAGUUUUUAGCUUUGCUUCUUUGCGAGUAUCCUGUUCUUUUAUGGGAAGUUAAUGAAAAAGGGCAAAGUGUAUUUCAUGUUGCUGUUUUGCAUCGUCACGUACAUGUGUUUAAUUUAAUAUAUAACAUAGGAGCAAUUAAGGAUUACAUAGUAGGAAAUAUUGAUGUUGACAAAAACAACAUGCUGCAGUUUGCUGCAAUGUUGCCACAUGUUGAAAGACUUGGCGCCCCACGAGCAAACCUUCAAAUGCAACAAGAGCUAUUGUGGUUUAAGGUAUUCCUUACCACUAGAUCUAUUUCAAUACUUUCUGGAUAUAUCAUUUCGAAUUUAAAAUGUCAGCCUGUCAGGUGGAAGUUUAAUAUUUUAUUUUCUGAAUUUGAGCACAGAAAAUGUCAGGUUAUUUAAAAUUUUAAUGACAAGACAUUGGAUGCAUUCGUAAUAUUUAAUAUGAACAAUGUAAUGGGUUCAUUUCAAAUAAAGAGGAUCUUAAUACCAUUUAAAUCCAUCUUUGAUAUGUUAUGUAAUAUUCAUUUUCUUGUGUUAAUAAAAUUGCCUAUUUAAC